AUGUCCUUACGCGAAAGCGGCGCCCGCCACACCCCGGCCGGAGCCGGGGCGCAGCAAGCGCCGCUAACGCAAAAGCGGCACCCGCCGCACCCCGGCCAGAGCCGAAGCACAACAGGCGCCGCCAAAGCAAAAGCGGCGCUCGCCGCACCCCGGCCGGAGCCAGAGCACAGCAAGCGCCGCCAAAGCAAAAGCGGCGCCCGCCGCACACCGGCCGUGGCCGAAGCGCAGCAAGCGCCGCAGAAGCGAGCAACCAACAUUGCGUAUGGCCGGACGGCGCGGCUAAGCCGCCCGGACGCGGCCGGCCGAACCGGGCGCAGCAGGGCCAGCGCCCGCCGCCAGCGUAGCAGCGAGAGCGGACCGCCAGUCGGAGACCAACCGCCCACCCCGCGCCAGCCGGCAGCUCCCGCGCAGCCCAGCCGCACCCGACCCAGCACAGCGCAGCCGGCACAGCAGCGCGCCUGCGCGCAGCCCGGCCGGCGGACGAGCUCCGCCGCUACCCCGGCCAACCGCACUGCCGCCCGACAGUUGCCGAGCGGAGCACGUGCGAGGCCGGCGCCGCAGCAGGGACUCACCACCAGCGAGCCGCACGGGACGCGCCACCGUGCGCACAAGGCAGCUGCCGCGCGCCGACAGCUGUCGACACGCGUCGCUGCAAGCGCACAUCCUACGUACGAGCUUGGAUACUAG